AGUGAAAUACGACUCUUAUUAUGGGACGAACUGAAAGGGCAAAAUAAGACUCUUAUUGUGGGACAGAGAGAGUAAUAAAUAAUUAGAAAAAAUUAUAUUAUACUAAAUCCAUUUAUAAAAAAUAAGUCAUCUUAUGCUAUUUUAGUAUGUCGUAUAAAAUUAGUUCAUUUUCUAUUUUAUUAAAAACCUUUCACCACACUUUAUACACUACUAAUACGGUAGGUCCUACUAUCCAUCGAAAAUUCAAAAUUACUGUACCUCAAUUACUUUUUCUUUAUCUUUAAUACUUUAUUAAUUUUACAUUAAAAUUUGUGUCGUCUCCAAAGUCCUUUUAAGGAAUGGAGGGUGAAUAAUUAUAGUACGAACUAGUAUUUUUCAUCUCUUCUUAGAAGAUGUUUAGUACCUCUUAAAGUAUAUCUGCAUUGCUUGACCUGUUCCUUCAUUCGCCUCAACGUUGUUGUUGAUAGCACAUAAGUUCGAGAUUUGUGGACUAACCCUCUUUAAGUGGGUUCAAACCAUAUAGUCGAUGAGAUUGUAUGUGCUCAACAACACAUCCAGCCCAUACCUAGUUGUAGCGAUCAUGAACCUUUUUCAAAAAUUUAUGAAAAUAUCGAAGUAGCACUUAAAAAUUAAGAAAAUAUGUGUGUAUCUGGUAAAAAAAGGAAUACGACUAUUCUGAGACAACUCAAAAAGAAAUACUAACUCAACUAUCUUGGAAUGAAGGUAGUAUUGAUUAAUAAUUAUCGUGCACCAUUAUUGUAAAUAUGUGUGUGUUUGUCAAUUUUAAACUCAUUGAAUUUUAGGUAACACUAAGUACUUAAAUUAAAAAGUGCGACAUAAAUAUAUUUGGGCCUUAAAUGAGAAAAUAGGAAUAUAUAAAGAAGCCCAUAGUAAGAGGAUUCUUGAUGGGCCGGUCCCUCUUCCACAGUGAAACCGCCUUCUUCCGUUAUUCAACUGCCGUCACUGCUCCACCGUCACACACUCCUUUCACCCAAGGUUAAACUUCCUAAUCCUAAUUCGAGCCAAAUUAAGUUUGGCAGAAAAGAGAAAUUGCCUUAUCAAUUGACCACCAAACAAAUAUUCUUCUCCCCAACUCGCCUUCGAAUCCUUCAAAAUGACCGGAAAGAGUAAGAUUCUCAUAAUCGGCGGCACUGGAUACAUCGGAAAACUCAUCGUCAUCGCCGCCGUCGCCGCUGCUCACCCUACUUUCGUCUUAAUCAGAGACUCCACUCUUUCUAAACCCCAAAAAUCUGAACUAAUCCGAAGCUUCACAGAUUCCGGCGUCAAUUUCAUACACGGAGAUAUGUAUGAACACGAGAGCUUAGUGAGAGCAAUUAAAGAAGUUGAUGUGGUGAUAUCAGCCGUUGGAUACGGUCAAUUGAAUGAUCAGGAUCGGAUUCUAGCUGCUAUUAAAGAGGCUGGUAAUGUUAAGAGAUUCUUUCCGUCGGAAUUUGGAAAUGAUGUUGACCGCGUCCAUUCUGUUGAGCCGGCAACAUCCGUGUUCCAACACAAAGCUCAGUUCCGUCGUGUUGUGGAGGCAGCAGGGGUCCCUUAUACCUACGUCUCGUGCAACUUAUUCGCUGGUGUGUUUAUUAGAACACUCGCUCAGUUGGAUGCCACAGAUCCUCCAAGAGACAAAGUUGUUAUCUUAGGAGAUGGGAACAUGAAAGCUGUAUAUAAUAAGGAAGAAGACAUAGCCACAUACACCAUCAAAGCUGUGGAUGAUCCAAGAACAUCAAAUAAGAUCCUCUACAUCAGACCAGUUGCCAAUACUAUUUCGAUGAAUGACCUAACGACGUUGUGGGAGAACAAGAUAGGCAAAAAACUCAAACGGGUGUAUGUUCCAGAGGAGCAAGUUCUUAAAGACAUCCAAGAAGCCCCAUCCCCUUUAAAUGUGAGACUAGGCAUAAUGCACUCUGUUUAUGUAAAGGGAGAUCAGACCCACUUUGUGAUUGAGCCGUCGUUUGGAGUUGAGGCAUCGGAGCUAUAUCCAGAUGUUAAGUAUACCACAGUCAAUGAGAUGCUCGACCAAUAUGUUUGAAUUAUAAAUUGCUAAGGGUUUGUUUUUGUGUGAGACAGGCUUAAGAGUUAUGAAUUCAGAUGAGUAAAUUCAAGUGUGAUUGUGGAUAUUGAGAUUAGAUAUCAAAUUAUCAAGUCUCCUUGUUACAUGAGCAACCGUGACAUGUCAAGUCUCACUAGCUUAUUUUUGGGUGAUUGCGUAGAUUUUGUGUAUAUAUCACCCAUACUUGGAUUAAUUCAGAGAUAAUCUAAUGUUUUUGUACUGUUAAGUUAAGAUGAAUCAUAAUCAAAUUUGGUUGAUGGCA